GGAGCACUCGCGCAUUGUGGACAUGUAUCUAUGGCUCGAUGCCGUGCUUGAACUUGACAGGAAGAAAUUGGAGAUGUGGGUUCGAAAGGCGAAGCAUCAUGGGUGGUUCGAAGACCCGGAGAUUCAGGCGCAGCUGUACGCGUUCUGCGAGGCCUCACAUGAGACGGAGCGGUAUGAGCCGUUUUGUAAGAUUGCUAACAAGGUUCUCGAGCUCGCGAAGGGGACGCUACUGUCUAGACGCGCAAAAUAUCCGAUCGAAGACUUCACAUUUGUCCGUAACGACCCGUGGUACUUUCUUACGAACGCACUGCAUGGUAUGAACGGAGCGAAGAGAAAACCCGACGUUGUUGGGAUACGCGUUCGGCAUCUGGCGAAUCUCCCGUGGGCUUGGAGUGGACGUCUCUCCUCUACUUCGUCGAGUUCAAAGAGUACCGGAAGAAGAUCAAGGCCAACGCGAGGCACAUUGAACCUCCAAAGCCGCCUGCACCUGCCCCAAAAGCCAAGCCCGGGAGGGCAAGUGUUCGACAGGCCACCGUCGUCAAGGACAACGUCGCAAUGAACACGAGGAAAGUCGGUCGCAAGCGGCUGCUCGACGAGAUGGACGCCGAGGUUUCCGCCGCAAAGAAGCCAAAACUUGACCCGAGCUCGGGACAGUCCCCCGGUGCCGGGAAAUCCGUCGCCACAGACGCACACUACCAGGCCGCGAGCUAUGCGCUCGAAGUCAUGUCUUCCACCAACGGUACUCGUAUACACAGCAUCGGCUCGAUGUUCAAGAGCGACAAGAUCUCCUUCUGGUUCUAUGACUCUUUCGGCAUCGUCAGGACCG